AUGGCUGUGCUGGAUGCGUUCCUGAUACCGUUUACCGCUGUAUCACUUUACUACGCAUUCUGGAAUUUUGCGUUGUGGGUAACCGAAUUUCAUGCCGUUGCCGAGCGCAUUAUGACCUCCCGAAGCACCAAGCUGCUGAUGUUCGUGGGUAUUAUUUUAGGAGCGCUAUUCCUGUGCACCAGUGUAAGCAACAUUAUUGCUUUUCUGCCGAGUCUCAGUUUUGAUGCGAUGAUGGAACAUCCGUUGUUUCUGGCGCUCAGAAGUGUCGGCGUAGCCACGAACACUGCAUAUAUCAUGGCUGCUGUCCCACAAAUUUCCAUUUACGUGUUUAACGGUCAACUGACAUUUGCGCACUGCGUCUUCAUAUUUAUUGCGGCUGGAACAAUCCUGUGCUUUGUCAAUAUGACAUCGCACCUGGCCACAGUGGCAAAAGAGGGAGAACUGGAACAAACAAUUAAGGAGUAUAAUAACCUCAGCCGUUUCAUCAUCCUCCUUAAUGAGCGAAUUCAGGCCGCUUUGCUUUGCACGUAUGCCCGAGAAUUCAUGCUGUUACUGUUCAUGGUCAGUUCAAUAAGGACUCAGUCGCCGUACGUUGGGGAAUUCUCCCCAUUGGUUGGAACGGUCAUGACAAUUUGUAUCCUUCGAACGUGGCUGUUUGUUCUCGUAAAUACCAAGAUAGUACGCACUCCACCUUUCGACAGUACAUACCGCGCUACCGGUUACUACAAAGUUACAAUGCGCACCAUGGAUAUCCCUUAUGGAAGGCAAAAGAAGGACACAUCUCUAUGGCUCGUCCUUACGGACAGAUGUGACGUGGUAUUCAGUGUCGGUGGUCUUAUUGACAUCAAUGGCCGAUUUGUCCUUGGAGUUGUUGGUGUCCUUGCAACAUACACACUACUGAUGUGGGACGACAAAUGCCAACCAGUCCCUGAAACUACCAAGCUGAACCAUUCCCAGGCUUGA